ACCUGGCCAGGCGGGGCUGGUCGGCACCCCGCGGGGCCGGCGGCGGAGCGGCCCCUCCGGCUGCCACAGCUUGCACGGCGCCGGCGCUCCAGCUCCGGACUCCUGCGGCUUGCAGGCUGCUCCGCUUCCCGGGCUCCUCCGGCUCCAGGACUCCUCCGCUUCCCGGGCCCCUCUCUUUCUGACCUCCGCCGGUUGUAGCCGCCGCGGCUGCUGCCGCCCCGUCCCUCCCGCAGCCCCUUCCAUUCCUUCCUCCUCAGGAUGCAGCAGCAGAACAUUCCUCAGGUCUGCUGGAAGUGACCUGUGGGUGCCAGAGGAGUGGAGAGAGCUGAGCCAGGACUGAGCACACCAUGGGAGCAAACACCUCCAGCAAGCCAUCAUCCUUCAAUGAAAAUGAAGAUGUCACCUUUGACCACUUCAAGAUUCUGCGAGCUAUUGGGAAGGGCAGCUUUGGGAAGGUCUGUGUUGUGCAGAAGAACGACACCAAAAAGAUGUAUGCCAUGAAAUACAUGAACAAGCAGAAGUGUGUGGAGCGUAAUGAAGUCAGAAAUGUCUUCAAGGAGCUGCAGAUCAUGCAGGGCCUGGAGCACCCCUUCUUAGUUAAUUUAUGGUACUCAUUCCAGGAUGAAGAAGAUAUGUUUAUGGUUGUUGACCUGCUGCUUGGAGGAGACCUGCGUUACCAUCUCCAGCAAAACGUGCGGUUCCAGGAAGGCACUGUGAAACUCUUCAUCUGUGAGUUGGUGCUGGCCCUCGACUAUCUCCAGAGCAGACACAUCAUCCACAGAGACAUCAAGCCUGACAACAUCUUACUGGAUGAGCAUGGACAUGUGCACAUCACAGAUUUCAACAUUGCCACGAUGCUGACUAAGGAAAUCCAAGUCACCACCAUCGCUGGCACAAAGCCCUACAUGGCACCUGAGAUGUUUAACCCCACAAAACCCACUGGCUAUUCCUUCGCUGUGGACUGGUGGUCACUGGGAAUCACAGCCUACGAGCUGCUCAGGACCCGGAGGCCCUACCACAUCCGCUCCAGCACCUCCACGAACGAAAUUGCUCACGUGUACAAGACAGCCACGGUGAUGUACCCUGCGGCGUGGUCCGCGGAGAUGGUGUCGCUCAUCAAGAAGCUGCUGGAGCCCAACCCUGAGAAGCGUUUUUCUCAGCUGAAAGAUAUCCAGAGCUUUCCUUACCUGUCUGACGUGAACUGGGAUGCUGUUCUCCAGAAAAGGAUCACACCAGAAUUUAUUCCCACGAAAGGCAGACUGAACUGUGACCCAACCUUUGAACUGGAAGAAAUGAUCCUAGAAUCCAAACCCCUUCACAAGAAGAAAAAGCGCUUGGCUAAGAAGAAAGACACCAACAAAAGCAACUCCUCCCAGGCCUGCCAUCUUCAAAAGCACCUGGAGAUGCUCCAGAGGGACUUCAUUGUUUUCAACAGAGAAAAGAAUGUGACUGUGAAAAUGGAUGAGACACUCAGCUUGGCUGGCCAGCGCCACAGCCCCUGGUGCUGCCCACAAGGUGGCUGCUAGCAGCGUCACCCAGGGGCUGAGCAUGCAUUGUUCAUAGAGCCUUCAACACUAAUACUGGUCUUGAGGGUGGGUCCAGGCUCUGUGGAGGUCUUAAGUCUGUAUGGGCUCAUAGCUGGCUGCUCCAGAUAGAAGAGAUUGCUCUCAGCUGCACGGUCUCCACCAGGGCGCAGUGGAGGGUGGCCCUUGCUUACAGACAUCUCCUGUGAACAUCUCAUGAGUGUGGGCACCAAGGGCUGGAGGUGGUGAAGAUCUUCCUUAGCUGGAAGCAGUCAUUAUCUCCUUCCAUGGCUGGGAGGAGGCAUCAAAGGUUUCCUGUUUCCCCCUCUCUCCGUGCGGGUUCCUUCAUCGGUUUCUCACAGAGCAGGGCUCACGUUGUGUGCUCGGGGCACUCAGACAGAUGUGGACCGAAGAGGUAAGAACCAGGCACUGCUGAAUGACUGCCAUCCAGCUGCUUCUCCAGGACAGCCUGAAAAAAGGAACAUUCAGUAUCACGUGAAAUUGCUGCAACUUACUGAAUCUGAUGGGGAUUGGCCUCCAACACCAGAGGUAAAUCUGAAAAGUGGAUUUUCAGUCUCUGUGACAUUGAAACAAUGUCUGAGUUAAGUAGCUCUCUUUGCAGAAACAGCUACACUCUGGAGCAGGCUGUGCCCAAAAUGAGAUUGGCCAAAGCAUCUUCGUGCUGGUGAUGAUGCCAGUGUUUAAGUGCUAUGGCAGACCUGAGGUUUCACUUCCUUCUCUGAUAUUUUUCCUGUUCUCAGCAAUAUAAUGAAUGAGUGAAGUACCAUUUGCCUCCCACUUAACCCAGAGGUGGUCUCUGUGUCCUCUGUGCCUUCCUGUCUUUCUGAUCAACUAAAAAAUCUGACCAAGUCGAAAAAAUGACCACAAUAAAGCCCCACAGCAAAUGCAAGGCACCUUCCCAAAUGAGCAGAAGUU